AUGCCAAAUAAUUUCGAAUCUACUCCAUUACAUGAUAAAUCUUGUAAUAUUUUAUUUGAUAAAUUAAAGUUUGGUCUGGCUUAUAUAAUCUUACAAAAUAAACCUAUUGAAAAUUCUAUUGAAGAAGAUUACAAAGAUCACAAAAUCAAAGAAGUCACCACCAUCAACAGUCAUGAUGUCAAAUUACGUAAAAGGAUUUUAGAAUUGGAAAAUGAUUGUGAAAAUUUAAAGCAAAAGCUAUGUUUAAUGGAAUUAGCAAUAGAAGAAAUUUCUGAGAUAGUUGAUAAAGAAACUUCUGAUAGAUAUUUGUAUUUAGUAGAAAAGCAAAAACUUGAGACAGAUCAAUUGAUCACCUAUUGUCCUCAAAAAUUAUGUCAAGCUCCUGUUAGAAAGCUCUAUGAUAAAUUAUGUGUUUGUCCAAGAUUAAGUGAUUAUAUGAAAGCAGAUGGGGAAUCGAAAUUUAAUUUUGAAUUACGUUAUGGAAAGAAGAAUCUAGAGAAACUGGUUAGGGAUGCUAAACAGAAUUGGAAACAUCAAAAUGGUUAA